AUGAGUCGAAAUGACCAUUGUUCAUUUCAACAAGAAUAUGUUUCUCCAAGAACUUUGUCUUUUACUGGCGAAAGAACAACAGAAGCUGCUGUUAAAAAGAAGAACAAAAUAACACGCUCUUAUACAGUGCAACCUGUGACCUCAGCUGACAAUCGUUUAUUAGACAAGUUCUUGCUUAUCCUUCUAGAAAAAGAUGAUCAGAUCGGUAAAAGAGUACAAAAAUAUUUAAUUAUACCACCAAAUGUUGUAGUACAAGCUUCAAAAUCUGGAAAAAGCAGCGAUGAAAAACAUCGCACUUUUUUAAAUGAAGUUCUACAUCCUUUGGUUGGUAGAAAAUUUCUUCAUUUGCUUGAUUCUUGGAAAACCCAAGCUGAUCUAAGAAAAUUUAGAGCAGUAUUUCCAGAUCAAGAUAGUCAAUUAUUGAUUUUUCUCGAAGGAUCAACUGGUCAUGUACAACCGCAAGAUUUAUCCUUAUUUCGUUCAUGGAGAUUUAUUCAUAAGAAAAUCGAACAUUACACUCAUAUCAAUCGUACAGAAUUUAAUAUAACUGAUCGCCAAUAUUACAUUAAUAUACACUCUGUUAUUCACAAUCAAUUAUCAGCUCCACAGUUUCAAAAUCUUAUUAAGUCUGGAUUCAUACAAGCUGGAAUAACAAGCGAAACUAUUGGAGAAAUUCAAAAAACCAAAAGAUAUCUGCUUCAAAUUUUAUGA